GGGCAGGUCCAGAGAGCGGCCCGGGCAGCAUCCACGGGCAGCAGCGGGCUCCUGCCCCGCGCCCCCGGCCACGGGCCCAGAGCCGCGCCAGGACAUGAACUCCUACCUGGAGUACCUGUCUCGCGGCGAUGCCCUGCGCGCCCCGCCUGGCUUCUGCCCUGCAGACCCCAGCGCCGUCGCCCUGCAGCCCUCGUGCCCCCUGGGCGGGGAGAGCUCGUACCUGGGCAGCCGGAUAGUGCCAGGCGCAGGGACUGCGCCCGGCCCGGCCCAGCGCCCAGCCGCGGCCUCUCGCUUUGCUGCCUGCGCUCUGGCAGGGGCUUACGACUCCGGUCCACCUGCUGCUGCUGACUUCAACGUCCUGCCCCCGAGCUCAGGCUACGUCCUGCCCUACGGAGCCAGUGCCCAGGUGGAGGACGCUGGCGGGGGCCACCUGCGCUAUGCAACUUCCAUCUUCUCCGGCAGCGGAUCGCCGCUCCCGGUGGGUUACAGCGCCUUGGCCGAGCAAAGCCACUUCCACGCCUGCCUCAAAGAACCGCCUGGCGUCCAGCCGGGGGGCUUCCAGAGCGUCUCCCCCUCCCCGGGGACCUACCCCAAGCCCACCUCUCCGGCCUCAGGGGGCGCGCUCGGCACCUUCGAGUGGAUGAAAGUGAAAAGAAAUGCGCCCAAGAAAAGCAAACUCUCCGCCUAUGGGGUGCAUAGCCCCCCCACCACCGUGCGGACCCAUUUCAGCACCAAGCAGCUCACAGAACUUGAAAAGGAGUUUCAUUUCAAUAAGUACCUCACCCGGGCCCGCCGCGUAGAGAUCGCGCACUCGCUGCGCCUUAAUGACACUCAAGUGAAAAUCUGGUUCCAAAACAGAAGAAUGAAACAAAAGAAACGGGAAAGAGAAGGGCUGCUGAUCCCUUCACCUGCCGGAUCCCCCUCCGCGGAAAGCCCCGCCAAGCCAGGCAGGAAUUCUGUACCCUCCUGUCCUGCCAAAGACUUCUGCUGAUCGCUGCAGUACCAGCUGUUGUGACAGCUACCUGCGAGGAAAGGAAGGCCGAGUUUCGGACACUUGAAGGAAUGCAUAAAGCAUCGCAACAGUGUUAAUUCUGCACAACCCGAGCCAAAAAAACAAUCAUUUCACUAAGGCUAUCACUGCCAAUGAAAUAUUUGGGCUGUGUCUACCUAAGGAAUUGUAUAUUGUUAAGAAAAAAAAUCAGCUACAUAUAAGUGCUCGUUAUUGCAACUUGUUUACAUUUUAUUUAUGGGUAUAUCAGGGAAAGCUGUCAGUCGAAACACUGCUAAUUUCCUCAUUGGCCUUAUGAAUUUUUUGGUAAAGUAGCCGGCACACGCUGUGCCUGUACUGUAUCAGUUUUAAAGGUCAAACAA